UUAAAAUCUUCAUCCAAGCAUUUAUCCAUUAUGAUUAAGAAAAAGUUACAUGUGAAAUUUAAUAUUCCAACUUUGCUAAUGAUAUUGUUAAUUUUUUUCUUAUGUAUAUAUUAUUUACCUUCUACAAAGUGUACUUCUAAUGAACAAGAAGUAAAAAAUAAAACGAAAUUCAGGCUUAUAAUACUUAUAGUCUCCAGUCCUGAUAACUUAGAACGAAGAGCAACUAUCAGAAAAACAUGGUUAACACAAAAACAGGCCACAGUUAAGCAUUUAUUUGUAAUAGGAACAUUAGAUAUAUUGCCAGAGCAAAGAGAAACUUUGCAUUCCGAAAACCAGAAAUUCAAUGAUUUACUUUUGAUAUCAAAAGUACUAGAUUCUUAUGGAACUUUGACAAAAAAAGUUUUGUAUGCAUUCAAGGAAAUCUAUGAAUACUAUGACUUUGACUUCUUGAUGAAAUGUGAUGAUGAUACGUUUGUUCUAAUACAUAAGAUUUUAAAAGAACUAGAUAAAUGGGAUAACAAAGGAACAAGGAAAGAAUUAUAUUGGGGUUUUUUUAAUGGGAAGGCACAAGUGAAAAGAAAUGGACCAUGGAAGGAGACAGACUGGAUAUUAUGUGAUUAUUAUCUCCCUUAUGCACUUGGGGGAGGAUAUAUUUUGUCUUAUAAUUUAAUAAAAUAUAUUGCUACAAAUGCAGACAUUUUCAAAUUGUAUAAAGCAGAAGAUGUAUCUGUUGGUCUUUGGGUAGCACCUUUGGCAAAUAUUGAAAGAAAGCAUGACAUACGGUUUGAUACAGAAUAUAGGUCUCGUGGAUGUUCUAAUCAAUAUAUAGUUACUCACAAACAGUCCAUUGAAAAUAUGAAAAAUAUGCAUGAAUAUUAUCAAGCAUCAGGAGCAUUAUGUAUGAAAGAAAUAAGAAAUCGUAUGAGCUAUCAAUAUAAUUGGACAGUUCCACCUAGCCAGUGUUGUAAUUUACAAUCAGGCAUUCCAUAG